AUGGCUCCUCCGCCGGGCGUCGCCCGCAGCCGCGCACCCCGCCCCGGGGCGGAGCAGGAGCCGCUGCCGGCGGCGCCUCCUUGCUCCUCCGCGCGCCCCUGGCUCGUCUUGCCUCUGCGCGGCUGCUCACAGGUCUGGUCCAGGUAUCAGCGCCGCCGCCGCCUCUACCUCCGGCCAGGGCGCCCUUUGCUGCUCCCCGGAGCGUCCCGGAGAAACGGCGCCGCGAUGACGGUCAAGGUGGACUUCGAGGAGUGCCUGAAGGACUCGCCGCGCUUCAGGGCUGCCAUUGAGACGGUGGAAACGGAGGUCUCCGCCUUGGAGUCUCAGCUGGAAAAGCUCCUCAAGCUGUGCACCACGAUGCUGGAUUCGGGGAGGCAAUACUGCGCCCACAGCAAGAAUUUCGUCUCCGUCCAGGAGCUGUCCCAGAAUUCCCCGGCGGACACCAUGACGAACGUAAUGCCUUGAAAGUUUUCCGACAGCUUGAAGAAGAUGAUUGACGGCCACGAGGAGCUUCUGGAUACAACGCAACAGUCCCUCAAACAUCAGCUGCAGAGUCUGGUGAAAGAGGACAUGAAGCAGUUCAAGGAGACCCGGAAGGAAUUCGAACGCAGCAGCGAAACCCUCGCCAGCGCCCUGCACCACAAUGCCGAAGUGCCGCGGCGGCGCCACCACGAGGCCGAGGAGGCCAUGGUCGCCCUGAAAGCCGCCCGCAAAACCUUCCGGGCUCGAGCCCUCGACUACGUGCUGCAGAUCAACGUGAUCCAGUCGAAGAAGAAGUUUGAGAUCCUGAAGUUUAUGUUGACGUUCAUGGAGGCUCAGUCGUUCUACCUGGAGCAGGGGUUCCAGGCGGCGAAGUGGCUGGAGCAGUAUCGGAAGGACCUGGCGGCUCAGCUCGAUCAGUUGGUCCUGGAGUCGGCCCGAGAGAAGCGGGACAUGGAACAGAGGCACACUGUGAUAAAGCAGAAGGACCUGUCCCAGGAAGACGUGGUUCCCGAGGUCCGUACGGAGCCCGGAGGGGUGGUGAUGGAAGGCUACCUGUACAAAAGGGCCAGCAAUGCCUUCAAGACCUGGAGCAGACGCUGGUUUUCCAUCCAGAGCAACCAGCUGGUGUAUCAGAAGAAAGCCAAGGAUGUCGUGACGGUGGUUGUGGAGGAUCUUCGCUUGUGCACGGUCAAGCCUUGCCCGGACCACGAACGCCGUUUCUGCUUCGAGGUGGUGUCUCCCACCAAGAGCUGCUUCCUCCAGGCAGAUUCGGAGAGGCACCAGCAAGCUUGGGUUUGUGCCGUUCAAAACAGCAUCGCCUCUGCUUACAACGAGGAGCAUCUGGAACCCCGGGGGCAGCCCCUGGAGCGGACGGCGUCCCUUUCUGCCGCAAAACUGCAGUCCCCCUCCAGCCGGAAGCUGCGGGCCGGGGUGGACAAGCAAGUCAUAGACCAGGUGCAGAGAUUAGAGGGCAACGCCCAGUGUUGCGACUGCCGGGAGCCGGCGCCCGAGUGGGCAAGUAUCAACCUGGGCAUCACGCUUUGCAUCGAGUGCUCCGGAAUCCACAGGAGUCUUGGCGUCCAUUUCUCCAAGGUCCGCUCGCUGACGCUCGACUCCUGGGAACCUGAGCUAGUCAAGCUGAUGUGCGAACUGGGGAACCGAGUCAUCAACCAGAUUUACGAGGCGCGGGUGGAAGAGAUGAACAUGAAGCGCCCCCAGCCGGGCUGUUCGCGGUUGGAGAAGGAGGCCUGGAUCAGGGCCAAAUACGUGGAAAAGAAGUUCAUCACCCAGUUCCCGAAGGCCGGGGCGCGGCUGCAUCGAGGCGGAGAUGUCCGGGGGCUCGAGAAGCCCAAACCGUUCCCCAAACCCAAACCUCCGGGGCAGAUCCGAGGGGGCGCAGGAAGUAGUCCAAUCCGAGGAAGCCCAAACCCAGGGGCAAGGGAAGGGGCCUCUCCAAGCCCCACACCUCCUACAGACAACACGCCCAGCUUGCACCCAGGAGCCUUGCUCUAUCGAGCUGCCGCUGCGCCCCCAAGCCUGCCCACCAUGGCGGACGCCCUGGCUCACGGCGCCGACGUCAACUGGGUGAACGCCAACCACGAGAGCCGGACCCCUUUGCUGCAGGCCGUCGCCGCGAAUUCCCUGCUGGCCUGCGAAUUCCUGCUUCAAAACGGAGCCAGCGUCAACCAGCCAGACAGCAGAGGCAGAGGCCCCCUUCAUCACGCUACCAUCUUGGGUCACACCGGGCUGGCCUGCCUCUUCCUCAAGCGCGGGGCCAACAUGAAUGCCGUCGAUGGGGAAGGGAAGGACCCCCUCAGCAUCGCCAUAGAUUCAGCCAACGCGGAUAUCGUCACCUUAUUGCGAUUGGCCAAGAUGCGUGAAUCUGAGCUUGCCCUCGGCCAAUCAGGAGACGAAACGUACCUCGACAUCUUCCAGGACUUCUCCCUCAUGGCGUCCAACGAUCCGGAGAAGCUGACCCGGCGGAGCUACGAUCUGAAGCUGACGACGAUGUGAGCCUGGCGGGGGCGGCGACGUUGCCCCCCCCAACCGCCGAAGGAGGAGGGAGACGGGAACAAGAGGGCUUACGUCACGUGCAGAUUCCUGGUGUGACACUCGAGUCGGAAACGGAGGACCGUCCAGUAGGAGCCUGACUCUCCU